GCAAUAACAGAAGUAGGAGGAAGCUGUGCAAGGAAGAUGGCGUCGGUGUUACACCCCUCUGGGCUCUUUGGCCCUUUCUUGGUCUUCGCUGUGGCGUCCGUGCUCGGCCUUAGCGAGGCCCUGGGCACCUUGAACCUGCAUGAGCUCAGCGAGCUGAAAUACGGGAUUGAAAUCGGUGCGGAGCCCGUGAUGGCCGGGCAGAGUAAGUCAUCUGAAGUGGUGACCAUCUCCUCCAAAUACAAGCAGAUGUAUGAGUGCCGGCUUCCAGCUGCUGCAGUGAAGAUCCACCAGAACAAAGAGGAGGAUCCACAGAGUUACACCGGACUUGGGAUCUCGGAACUGCUGAAGCCAAUGGAAGUUGCUCCUUGCCUUAUCAAGACUAAGGACUGGUGGACGUAUGAGUUCUGCUAUGGGAAGCACAUCCAGCAAUACCACAUGGAAGAGUCUGAAAUCAAAGGUGACAUCCUGUACCUUGGAUAUUACCAGUCUGCAUUCGACUGGGACAAUGAAAUGGCAAAGGCUUCCAAGCAGCAUAAGCUGAAGCGUUACCACAGCCAGGCCUAUGUCAAUGGAUCCAAGUGUAACCUGAAUGGGAGGCCCAGGGAGGCUGAAGUCAGGUUUCUGUGUGAGGAAGGUUCGGGUGACUACAUUGCCCGUGUGGAUGAGCCCCAGUCCUGCUCCUAUGUGCUGACUGUCCACACCACUCGCAUCUGCCACCACCCAUUUCUGCGGCCACCAUCCACUGCCACCCCUCAGACCAUCCGCUGUCACCCGGCCCUGAGCCCUGUAGAGUAUGUGGAGUAUGUCAAGGCCCAAGUGUCUGAUACCAAGCGCAAGGUGGAGGAGAUCUCUGAAGAGCUGAAGACUCUAGACAUGCGGCUGUGGAAUGAGCGAGACCCCAACUCCGCUGCUCAGGAUUCAGAUGGCAAUGUGACUCCAGAUCCUAUUCCUGCUCCUCCUGAGACUGACCCAGGUGAUGACUCUGAUUUCUGGGAGAGAGUGCUGCGUGGAGAUGGGAAAGCAGCCCAGAUGCCAGACCAGACACAGGAGGAAGAACCAAUCAUGAAGACAGCAGACAAUCACCUAGCAGAUUUCAAGAGAAAAAUCCACUUCAAAGUUAUCAAGAACCCUGGGGACCUGGUUCAGUUCAUUCAUGACUUGAAGGAGAAUGCUAGGAAGAGCAAAGAGAAGGAUAGCAAAUCGGAGGAAGGAUCUCAAGGAACCCCACCAGAAAGCAAGCCAUCAGUGGCAGAGCACCCUGAAGAAGGGGUCCAGGAGGAUGAGGAGGAUGAAGAAGAUAUCCUGGGGAAGUUUGAGAGGGAGCUGGAAGACAUCUUGCUGCCUAAGUCCGAAAUGUCCAAGCUAAAGGAGGAGGUGAAAUCGGAGAUGGAGAAGGAGUUUGAUCACAUCAUUGAUGAGCAGGUGGAAGAUGAGCUGGAAACAGAAGGCCUGAAAGGUGAAUUUGACCGAAAGCAAGCCUCCAAGUCUCUGGCUUCAACCCUCAACAAGCUUAUUGACAAGCUGGAUCCUGGCAAAGUCUCAAAUAAAGGGGAUAAGGAGCAGGAGCCACAGCCAAGGGAGGAAGAAGAGGUGGCAGCAGAUGGAGGAAACGCUGCUACAGAAGAUGCAGCCAAAGCAGCAGCUGAUGGCAACCCAGACGGGCGCGUGAAAGUCAGGGUCACUAAAGUAAAGCCAGGUAGCGCUCAGCAGAAGGUGCUGCGAGUCCAAGAGAUGAGCAGGGACAACCCGCAGCUGCGCCACAUAGAGAGUGUGGUUAAGGACCUGUUGGAGAAGGAAGGCCUGAAGGCAGAAGGUAAAAUUGAAAUCAAGAUUGUGACGACGGGUGGCCUCGGAGAUGAUGACGAUGCCCACUGGCUGUCAGAAGAGGACACCAAAAAUCUCAAGGACAUUUUCUUCAAUAUUUUGAUCCAGGGCACUGAGGAAGCCCAUAAGGAGCGGCAGCGGCAGCGGCAGCUGGAAGACAACUACAGUUUUGUGUGGGGGCGCAGCCAGGAAGAGUUGCCAGCUGACGGCGGUGCCGAUUCAGAUGAGAUGGAUUUCUGAGCCUCACCCGGCACUGGAACUUGGGCAACUGUGGCUUUUCACCCUGCAGGACUUGAUGGGUGCUUUUCACUCGCUCACCAGGAGGACCCACGUGUUUCUGUCAUGACCAGAAUCCCAUUUGAAUUGUGUACAAAGAGGCUGGCAGGAGUGAGGGUCCUGUCUUGCUCGUAAGGUGCAAACUUGUCUUUGUUCAACCUGCUGCCGUCUCAUGAGUUUCUCUCUGUCUCUAAAGCACCUUUGGGCACGCUUCCUUGCAUUGCCUAAAAGGCUUCCGUAAGCUGCCUCAGAUGGCAAUGGCACCCUGGCGGUAAGCUGUUGGUUUCAACCCUCACAGUCUCCUGCCAGCUGCACUUGGCAACAGGAACACAAAAGGCCACCCCGUUGAGUCAGGCAGAGGUUUGUGUGGGCCAGAGUCUCUUGGCCUGAAACUGCCUAGGGGUGUGUUUGCAAAAAAAGGAUCCCCGUAUGGGAAAAGCCCUUUUUUUCAAUGCAACACAGAGUUAUGGUGGAGAGCUGGACCUAGUCUCCCACCAUCAACCCCCCCCCCCAAUUUCCCAAAGCUCUCGUGUAUGGAGGAAACGUCACUCCCUGGCUUGCGUAGAUGGCUGCCUCUCUCACCUGUGUGCCUUGAGACGUCGAAACUGGAGGAGAAAGAGGGUGGUAGUGAAGAUGAGGGAAGGAAACACUUUCCCUACCCUGCUUUGGGCUCUUCCCAAAAGGGAAAGUUUGUGUGAACCAGGUUCAGAUCUGUUCUGUCGCUUACAGGCUGUUCCUCUACUGUAUUUUCACUUACACAGCACCAAGCCAUUGUGUGUUUGCAGCCUUGGUCUAAUGAACCCAGCAAAGAGAGAAUGUAAACUGGGGGGGGGGAAGGCAGGUGCAGGAGAAGGAUAUUACACACUGCUCUCUCUGGCUGCAUUGUUUCACGUUGGCUAAGGCCCUAGACAUGGGCGUAUGUGGACUGUACUGAAAUACAGCCUCUUAGGACAAAGGGUGGCUGUUACUUCUGUGAAGUCUUAAGCCGCCAGCCCAGCUGAAACCUCUUGCAGUGAACAAUCAAGGCUGUGUAAUGGGUGACUGGAGGUGAGAAAUCCCUGACCAAGAAAGGGGUGAGGCCAGAAGAAUCCUGCCGCCUACCUGGCCUUGGAACAUACAGGAUGAGUCACAAUUCUUUUUUCCCCCCAUCAAUAAACCCAGAUCCAUCCA